GACAGUCGGCUCAAGGACAGAAAUUGAUCGCAGGUGAGGGACAUAAACAGACUGUCCUGCUACAAUUCAGCCAUUGUGGAAGCUCCCAUUGAAAGGGGAAGAACGAGAGCGCCGAGGGAGAUGCUGUAGGAGCAAACUGUUGUGGAUAUAACCUCCAAUAGUUCAUUUUCGGCAGAGUCCAGUGUAUGCCACCUUUCCCUGUGUUUCUUCGGAUGGAUACCGGACCCGCAUCCCCUCCGUCCUCAACGGUGGCGGGCCCUUCCCCGCUGUGGCGGCUGGCUGAGAGGCGGAGCAGGAAGGCUGGCUCAGGGAACAUUUUCAGCAAUGUGAAUCUGUGGCAGCUCCAGAGGCUGUUCAGAGCGGCUGGGGACCAGGAUGCGGAGCAGAGGGCCCAGCUGGUUUGGGGCCACAGAGACGAGGCUGAACUGGCCCAGGCUUUAAUAGGACUGAGGGCCCGGAGUCACCGCAGAGGGCUGAGGACUAAUGGGAGAGACGUGCUUGGCUCACACUGGCUGCGAGCCUUCAAUCACCUCAGGAUUGGGGAGAACUUGCCAAGCAGCCAGGGGAAGGAUCCUGCGGAGGAGAGUGAUUCUGAGGCCGGAGCUCACGGCAGUCCAGAGCCAUACCGACACACCUCGGUAGGGACAACAGGAAGAGGCACAGGGGCCACGGGGGCACUAAGUAAGAGCCAGGGCCCCACAGGGACAUCCGAGAGACCAGUUAGAUCUGGCUCAGGACUACGGAGAGGAGGAGAGAACGACCCAGAGAGAUACCUCCACCGAAUACUCCACUGACUUGACCAAAACCUCUGAAAUGUCAAACUGGCUUUUGGUCUGCACAGCCCGAUUACUGUUCUGAUGUGAUGAGACGCUGGAACAAGGUUGAAUUAACUCCUAGGAGGAGCAACAUGGUCGCUGCCUAAAUGUCUGUCCUUUCAUGGUGCUGCACUGUUACCUGUUGCAGACACAAAACUUUGACUGACAGUUUUAUAUUGUGGUUGCCUCUCAAGAAAUGCCUUAUGUGUUCUCCUGAGUUCAUCCUACCACUCACGCUAAGCUCGCAUACUGAUAAUUAUCGCCAAAAUAAUCAGGAUAUGGACAGUGAUGUCAUUUUAAGUAGUUUUGUUGUUCAGUGGUGUAAAUCAAGAAGUGAACAUGUGAGUAAUUUGAAGUUAUUUUAUAAAUGUUUCCAUCUUUAUAUGACCCAGUGUUUAUCAGUCUGAAAGUACUGUUGUUAUUAUGUAUGGCUGCACUGUGAAUUAACUUAUCAAUAGAUAUAGUCACCUCCUGUAUCACAAAUAAAGCCAUAUACGUAGAUGUACUGUGUGUGUAUUAGCUUGGAACGAGCCUAACUUCUGAUUUUGAAUUCAAACUACUUGGGUAAAUUGGGAAGAGAGUAGGAAGUAUCAUAAGAUAUAGUAAUACAUGACCAAACAUAACAUGUCACUGGACACGUUGACUCAGACUUAAUGACAUGUCACAUAUCUUGUACUGUACUUGUACUUUCAUGCAACCGCUGCAUCAGGCACCUCAGCCAGCCACUAGUUUUCACUUGGUGAAAAUAAAUCAUCAGGUGGUCAACACUGCCAAGAUACCAAAAAAAAUAACUGCAAGGCCAAACUCAAAAGCGUUUCUUACUGUCCAGGGAAUGACGGACUUUUUCUGUUAUUAAAUUUUGAAUGGUAACAGUGUAAAAUCCCACUGUGCCUGUGAAAGACUAUUUGUCACCAACCUCAUCAGAUUACUGGAAACUUGAUGACGUUUUUUGAAAAUACUGUUUUGAUGUGUAAUUUUUAGAUUUAUGGUAAUAAAGAAGUGAGUGUUUGUAUUGAUA